ACACAAAACACCGAAGCUUCUAAUUAAUUAAAAAAUAAAAAGUUAAAGACAAGACAUUCCAAAUACGAAAUCCAAAAUGGCAGCAAAAGCUGAGCCCAUUGGCCCACUGAAUGGUCAUGAAUUGGCGCCAUUAAAUACUAGAGCGGAUGGGUCUGAAAGGCCUCAUGGGGUAACCAUUGUACUCCAAGGAUCAAGGAACUCCUUGCAACGAGAUGCUCCAGAUGAGGAUAGAGCAGCCUGGUCCGGGAAACUGCAGUUCUUCUUGUCUAUAAUUGGAUACUCUGUGGGUUUGGGCAACAUCUGGCGCUUUCCUUAUCUGUGUCAGCAAAAUGGUGGAGGCGCAUUUCUGAUCCCGUUCCUCAUCAUGUUAAUACUGGAAGGAAUACCUCUCUUCCUCAUCGAGAUGGCGAUUGGUCAAAAGAUGCGUCUUGGCUCUCUCGGGGUCUGGAAUACGAUCCAUCCUUGGCUUGGAGGCAUCGGUAUAGCCAGCUGUGUAGUCACACUAUUCGUUGCUUUGUACUACAACGUCAUCAUCACUUGGGUGUUCUUCUACCUUUUCAAUAGUAUUCGGCUAAGCGCAGACCAGCUUCCCUGGGCACACUGUCCCCAAGACAAUGGGACAGCUGAAGCCGAAUGUACCAAAGCCUCAGCAACCGUUUACUACUGGUACAGGGAAGCAUUGGACGCGUCUCCCAGUAUUGACCAACCUGGUGCACCGCGAUGGUGGAUUGUGCUAUACCUCCUGUUAGCUUGGAUUAUUGUCUUCUUUAUUGUUAUGAAGGGUAUUCAAAGUAGUGGAAAGGUGGUAUAUUUCACAUCCUUGUUUCCUUAUGUGGUGCUUACCAUAUUCUUCGUUCGCGGUAUAACGUUGCCCGGUUCUACAGAUGGAAUAAUUCACAUGUAUAAACCAAAGCUAGCGAAGUUACUGGAUCCAACAGUAUGGCUUGACGCAGCUACUCAAGUCUUCUACUCGUUUGGCCUCGCCUUCGGUUCCCUGAUAGCCUUUGGCUCGUACAACACCCCAAACAACAACUGCGUGAGAGACGUCUUACUGGUGUCUGUGUGUAACGCCCUCACCGCUAUAUACGCCUCUGUGGUUAUCUUCAGCAUCCUCGGCUUCAAGGCCUUCACUAUGGUCGAGAAGUGUAUUAGCAAGGAAAUAAAGAUACUAGCAUUGCAUCAUAUCAACGGGUUCACUCUGAAUUCCACUCAAGAGUAUUAUGAGGAACACUUCCCAACCCUGAAUAGUUUAAAUGUUACUGCACUGAACCUAACUGGAUGUUCCAUGAGCAAGAAUUUAGAAGAGGCUGCAGAAGGUACCGGCUUGGCGUUCAUCGUCUUUACUCAAGCUAUCCUCAAGUUGACCCCCGCUCCAUUCUGGUCAAUCAUCUUCUUUCUGAUGCUGCUAUCCCUGGGUCUCGGAAGUCAGAUUGGCAUCAUGGAGGGAAUGCUUUGCACUAUCUUCGACAUUGACUUCUUUAAGAGAUUCAGCAAGCCUGUUAUAACUGGAGCCGUCUGUACCUUCUGUUUCUUCGUUGGCCUCAUCUUUACCACCGGCGCUGGCGAGUAUUGGCUUAAGAUGUUUGACUCAUUCGCGGGCACUAUCGGCCUUGUGGUCGUUGCUCUGCUUGAAAUGAUCUCUGUUGUCUACAUCUACGGACACGAGAGGUUUACAAAUGAUAUCUACGAGAUGACCGGCUAUCGUCCUGGCUGGUAUUGGCAGGUGACCUGGCGCUACGUGGGACCUUUCAUCGUGUCUUGCAUCCUAUUGUCUUCUCUCGUCUUCAUGCUGCUGUACCCGCCUACUUAUGGAGCUUGGAAUGCUGAAGAGGGUCGUGUAGAAAAGACUCCCUAUCCAGACUGGGUGCUGGGCAUCGCAGUGGCAAUGAUCCUGGCGGGGAUCCUCCCCAUUCCCGUAGUCUUGCUGCUGAGGAGGUUCCAGUGCCUCGCGUUGGACGUGGACAUCCAUCAGGGCUCCAUCAGGAGAAUUGAGACCACCGUGUCUACUAAGGAGAUGAUGAGUGAUCAGGAUGUGUUGUCGCCGGAAAGCGCGCCGCCGGCUCAGUUGCUGCCAGAUGCCGCUGCUAAAUUCACCAUCGGGGACUUUGAUUCUUCAGAUUCAGAGCCUAGUCAACCACGCGCGUCAGCUCACUACGAAGACUCGAGUAGUAGUGACGACGAGAUUCUAAAUGCAAAAUAUUCUACCGGAACAGGAAUCCGUCUCGCGAUGAAGCCAAUUGGUCACAAUCCGAACACAUUCAAGAUGGACGUUGUUGACUGACCGUUAAAUUAUAUUUUGAAUAAUAUUUUAAUUUUUGGAUGUGAUCUACUUGUAAGCGAUUUUUUUGUGGUAAUUCGAUUAAACACUAAACUAAACUAAACAAUAACUUUAACACAGAAAGCAUUGUAAAAGAGGAUGACACAAAGUAUAAUUCGAUAAAUUUAGUUAACUUUGUUUGGUGUAUAAGCGAAUUAACACUUUUGUAUAUAUUUUUUGAAAAAUCUGAAUAUCCUAUAGGUACUUACUACACAUUACUUUUACCUCUCUUUCCUUCAAAUUAUGUAUAUAUUUAGUUACAGUAAUAUAGUUUAUAAGUUAAAAUUAUGAUGAUACAACAAUAUCAUUCAAUAGAUACUUAAGUUCUACCGUAUAAUCCAAAAUUAUUGAAAAAAUAUUAAUUUAAGAAUUUAAAAAAAAAGGCUACCACAGUAGUGUUAUUUUAUAAGUGAAAAAAUCAUACAAUAAUAAUAGAUAAUUAGUUUUUAAUGUGUAGUCAAAUCGUCUUCAAUUAAUUUAGGAGUUAAUUGCCCGUAGUUUCCUUAACUACAACGUGCUAAUAAAGUACAUAACGUAAAAAAAAAUUGCUACAUUCGAUUGUUUGAAUGA